CUCUUGUCUCCCUGGUUCUGCUUCCUGUUGGUACCGAGCCGCUCUGGACUUUGAACCUUCAUCUGAGUCAGACUUUAAAAUGUCAUCAUCUGGGCAUAAAGAAAGUCUCUCUCCCUUCAUGGCUCAGUUUCCCAUCGCUCCCAUUGUGCUGCUGCUGUUCGGACUGGUCGGCAUCCUGCUGCUCACCAUCCCCUCCCAGGACGUCCAGGACCCGCCGGGCUUCAUGUAUGGGAUUGUCCUGGAUGCCGGUUCUUCCCACACCUCUUUGUAUAUCUAUAAGUGGCUUGCAGAUAAGCAAAAUGGCACCGGCGUGGUCACCCAGCACAGCGAAUGCUCUGUGGACGGUGGGGGCAUUUCCAGCUACGCUGGCCGAGUCGGAGCGGCGGGCCGAAGCUUACGGGCGUGUCUGAACCGGGCCGUUCAAGAGAUUCCCAAAGAGAAACACCCGAACACACCUGUGUACCUGGGAGCCACGGCCGGCAUGAGGCUGUUAAGGAUGUCCAGUCCGCAGCAGUCGGAUCAGGUUCUGGCCGAAGUGGGCGGUGAGAUCCAGUCGUUUCCGUUCAGCUACAGAGGAGCGGUGAUCCUGAGCGGACAGGAGGAGGGCGCCUACGGCUGGGUCACCGUCAACUACCUGCUGGAAAACUUCAUCAAGUUCGGGUUUGUGGGCCGCUGGUUCAGCUCUGGCAGAGCCACCGUGGGGGCGCUGGACUUCGGCGGCGCGUCGACGCAGAUCACGUUCGCUACUCAGGAGAAGGUGGAGGACGAAGCAAACAGGAAGGAGCUGCGUCUCUACGGCCAUGACUACGCGCUGUACACUCACAGCUUCCUGUGCUACGGCCAGGAUCAGCUUUUAAAGAAACUGCUGGCUCAAAUCGUGAAGUCUCAGGGUUACACUCCGGAGGUCAGUCAUCCCUGUUAUCCUGCAAACUUUACCAGGUCGCUGAAAAUGGCAGAUAUCUUCGACUCGCCGUGCACCGUGCAGUACAAACCUGACUCCUACAACCCUCAGAGGAGCGUGACGCUGCUUGGCGGCGGACAUUACGAGAACUGCUUGGGCAACGUGUCCAAACUCUUCUCCUAUGAUGGCUGCCCCUUCUCGCGGUGCUCGUUUGACAAAGUCUUCCAACCAAAAGUCACCGGCGACUUCAUGGCGUUUUCUGCUUUUUACUUCAUUCACUCAUUCCUGCAGAAGGUCACAGGGGUCAAGAUCAGUACGCCGCCGCAGCUGGAGGACGCCGCCAAGACGGUGUGCAGCAUGAACUACAGCCAGCUGCAGAUAAUGUCGGUGGGAGAAAAACCUGAUCGUGAGAAGGAUUACUGCGCCAGCUCUGUGUUCCUGAAAGCUCUGUUGCUGAGAGGAUACGGCUUUGACGACGCGUCGUUCCCUCACAUUUCCUUUAAGAAUACAGCGGGCGACGCGACGGUGGGCUGGGCUCUGGGCUACAUGCUGGUGCUGAGCAAUUUGCUGCCUGCAGAAAGCGCCGGGGUGAGGAAAACUCUCACCGUCGGAGCCUGGGGGAUGCUCCUCUUCCUCUUCAUCGCCCUCAUCAUCAUCUGCGUCUUUCUGCUGUUUCGAGCGCGAAGCAAGAGGAAGAAAGGAGGUGAUGAAAACGCCAUCUAGAUACAACAUCACGCCUCCACAGCUGUGAAGAAAAGAAACAAACAGGACUUUUGGUUUUUGUUGUUAUUGUUUCUUCCAGUAACUUCAGUGUAUAUCUGCUUCCCCAUCACCUGCAGGACUGGCAUUUGUUUGAAGUGUUUGGUUUUUUUAAUAUUAGAUUCAUAGUACAACAUAAUCUUUCAGUGACACCAGACGGCCAAAACGUUUGAAUUUAAUAUGGCUGUAAUUUAAUAUGGCUGUUUUGCUCUGGUUUAUAAAGCUACACUGUCCAAAAGGAACAGCAGUAUUUUGGGUUAUAAAUGGGUUUUAAAUAAUAAAAAGGGGGGAAUUUAAAAAAAAUGUUUUAACAUAUUUUCAACAUGUUAAUCACACAAUUAUAAAUAUUAGUCUAAAAUUAAAUAUGUAAUUAGAAAAACAAAAAAUUUGAUUACACACUAAGAACUUUGUUAGUAAACAGAAUAUUUUGUUCCAAAUUAAAUAUGUAGUUUGAAGCUAGAUAUAUAACUAGAAAACUAUAUAUUUAAUUAGCAGGCUAAGUAUUUAGCUUUAAACUAAAUAUUAAUUAGCUAAGUUUAUGUGUAGCUUUUUUGAUUUCACAGUUAAAUCAAAUAGUGUCCAAACAGGAUGGCAGAAUGUAUGCUGAAUAAAAAUGUUGUUUGUCACCAUUACUGUAGAUCCUGACUGGGGUUCCUUAAAUGUUUAGUCUGCAAAUAGAUUACAGAAUGUAUAUCAUGAAUGAUUGUUAGUGAUUUAUUUAUGGUAUAUUGAACUAUGGACGUUGAACCUGGAGCAGUGAAGCUGCAGAUGUCAAACUUAUUCAGCCUUGUUUCAAUGAUCAUUUGUAUUAGAUGUAAAUUUAUUCAAUAAUUAACCAAAGUUUUUUUGUUGUUGUUGUUUUUUUUUACAUUUAUUGUAACUCUUUUGUGGCUCUAUUUUUAGAAAACCCUGUUUCAAAACACAUUUUUGGCGUUUUGUUAGCCAAAAAUGACCCUCACAAUAUGGCGGGUGUCUUGACGUAUAGUUGUUACAGGGGAGUGAACAGCAGCUUCCUGUUAGCCUUCAGAAUAAAAGCCAAGUGAAAAAGAUAAA